AGACGAGAAAUAAAUCGAUUAUUAUUCACAUCUUUGGGGGGGAAGUUCUCAGAUAUAUGCCCAACUUGGAACGCUUCUUCCAUUCCGAGUUAAUUCCAAAUGGCUCUAAAAUUAGGCAGCUCUGUCUCGAAUCCAGCUUCGAUUCUGUUGGAUUCUCCCGCUCAUAACUUCCCUUCGAGCAGAAGCAGCAGUUGCUCUCCGCCGCCUUCUCUUUCCCAUGGGAUUUUGGUUACUUGUCCUGGUACAAACCAAAUCAAUACUGCCGUUUUCCCCAGAAGUCUUUCCUCUGGAUCAAAUGCUAGAAGCACAUUUUUUAAAUUGCCAAGAAGCAGUGGUUCCUCAUCCUCGGAAGGUGGUCCAGAGGAUUCAAAGUCUUCAGACCAAGAGAAGGCACCUUUUGGAUACACAAGAAAAGAUGUGCUACUUAUUGGUAUAGGAGUAACUGUACUAGGUGUUGGUUUGAAAUAUGGGCUGGAGUUUGUUGGAGUUGAUCCUUUGCAAGCAGGCAAUGUUGUUCAGUUAGUGUUGGUCUUGGGGCUAACAGUUGGAUGGAUUUCCACUUACCUAUUUAGAGUCUCAAAUAAAGAGAUGACGUAUGCACAGCAAUUAAGAGAUUACGAGAAUAAAGUCAUGGAGAAACGAUUAGAGGGUCUCACAGAAGCCGAGCUAGAAGCACUACUCGAGCAAGUGGAAGAGGAAAAAAGACGCAUGGCCAGUGACAAGCAACUCUGAGUCAAUUCUUGUGAUUGCAAUGUGCAUUAUAAUUUACAUAGCACAAGGAAAAGGUUUGCAAUGCAGUCCGUGGAGAGAACAACAUUCUGUAUUAUUUCAUUUCCCUAAUCAUGUGAUGUGAGCCCUUAUGUUCUGAACCCAUCUUUCAUCUGAUUUCUAGUGUUUCACAUGGCAUGACUAUGUUGUACUCUCAAAAAAUGAAGGUUACUGAUUACAAUUAAACAAAAAAAAGACACCAAAUUGCAAUGUUGCUGCC